AUGCGUCGCAACACGGUUGCUCCAUCAUCAGACCUUCGUUUAGCAGAUGUGGCGAAAUUCAUACCGAGUGACGUUGUGACUAAAAAAUCUAAAUUUGACAAUGUACCGAUUGCUGAACGAUCAGCAAAACGAAAGCCAAAACAAUACAGUAUUAGUCUCUGCAAAGAUAUUAGUGAAGUGAAGUUGGAAUUCGAAAACACAAGCAAUUACCAUUCAUGGAAAAUAAUGGAAAACAGUCUGCUGAAUAGCUGGUCGUCGUCUUCGUUCUCUAGUGGUACUCCAAGCACUACCAACACUGAAUCACUGUUUGGAAUUCUCUCCCCAAAGAACAUUAUGUUGCACACUGUGAAAUUUGUGGAAGCUCUUCGAGUUAUAUGCCCGGGUUCAAUCCAUACAGUAACAAUCGAUUCUGGACUUUUCAACACGAAUGACGCGUUUUUCCAAACAACAGAAAACAUUGAUAUACUCAGAGGGUGUAAAAUCCUCCACAUUGGCGAUCUCACAGAUAAAAACGACGAGAAGAUCAAAAAAUGUAAAAAUAGACCAAAAUGCGAUUGGUUUCUAAGAAACUUCAUUGUUGCUGAAGAACUCAUUGUUCAUGAUAUUUACUACAACCGAAAUCUGAAUGCUCAUGAGAUUGAAAAUUUGGAUAAAAUCGAUAUAACAAGAAAAACCAUGCGACCAAAUGAGAUUCUCAAAUGCCAAGCCAGCGAAGCAAGAAUCGGAUUGAGAGAGUUUUCUCAUGACAACAUGAACGAGUUGAUUGUUGCCUGGCUCCGUACAUCCUCAACAUCUCUGCACAGAUUGUCGCUUUGGAUCGAGAAUCUGGAUGAGUGGAAUGUGAAAUCUCUAUUCAAAGGACUGGUUCACUACUCUUCCGACGAGAAGUGCUGUAUUCUAACGGAGGGAACCAAAAACGACUAUUGUAAGGCUUGCACAAUGCAAACAUUCGAGACGGUUGGUAUUGAUUUUCGACGUCACGACGGAGCAUGUGCCACUCUUUUUUUCUCCACCGGCACAUAUUACACCUUUGCAUUGGUUUUUAUUUACCCUGGAGAGUCAACAGAUGAACACUGGUGGAAGUAUUCACCAAUUAUAGAGAAGGAAGAAGCGAUGAAAAACGAAUUCUACAAAAAUCAUCGAGAAUCUGGGCCCGAGGUUCCUGCGCACGAAGAAAGCUACACAAGCUCACUUUUUUCAUACGCACGUCGUUCAUUCAACAAAAUGCGCACUAUUGAACGUCUCCAGGCUUCAUUGAAAAAUUGGGAGUUCUACAGUCUACGACGCACGUAUUAUAAUGUCACUAGAAUAGAGAGCAAGUGGCACGAGGGAAUCAGGGAACGAAAGAAGUAUGGGUACCUGGCCUUUCAGUGA